AUGAAGCACCAAUACCUGGGCGCCCGCGGCAAGAAAUUGACAUGGCUCUCCAUCGCCACUGUCGUGCUGCCAGCUUACUUCUUGGCUGGGUACAGCAAUGCCGUUCCGGGAGGAUUGUUGGAUUUGGAUUCCUGGGUAGAGACCUUUCCUCAGAUUGACACUGUACACAAAAAGGGCGCUGCCGAAGCCGAGGCUGCCCGUAUACAGGGCACUGCCGUGGCCAUCUACCUGGUCGGCUGCUUCUUGGGGGCGUUGACCUGCCUGAAGCUAGGAGACAAGGUCGGUCGCAUCAGGACUAUGAUUAUUGGCAAUAUCAUCAACAUGUGUGGCUCCAUUAUUAUCGUCUCGAGCUUUUCGCUCGGCCAGCUGAUUGCUGGGCGUCUGGUCCUGGGGCUGGGGCUGGGUGGGGUGUAA